GGGGACUUAACUGUGAUUUUUGCCUCAAACAAUGUUCAACUCUAAAGAAGUGUUCCAGUUGCAAUUAUGUAAGCUACUGCAAUAAAUCAUGUCAGCGAGGAGACUGGGCAAGAUGUCACAAGCAAGACUGCAAAACACUGAAGAGAAGACAUCCCAUGAUACCUCCAGACUUAGCUGAGUCAGUUCAGCUUCUAUCUCAUAUUAUCCAGAAGCAAAGACGAUCCCCUCCAUGCACUCAGGAUGAUGAGGAUUGUUUUCCAACCACCGUAGACCAGUUGGAAUCCCAUCAUGAGAAGCUGAGCGGUCAGAUACGAAGGGAUGCAUUUGAGAUAUGGCUGUCUUUGUUGAAGGAUUGCGAAGAUGGUAUCUUACCUGAGCUAAGCAGCUGGUUGAAGAUGUUUGGGGCGACUAUCUGCAAUUCCAUCUCAAUAUGUGAUAAUGAUCUGAUUGACAUUGCAGUUGGGAUAUACUUGAGAGCAUCUAUGUUGAACCAUUCCUGUGAUCCUAACUGUGCAUGGGUGUGUGAUGGGAGAAAACUUCAAAUCAUGACUGUUAAAGAUGUCAAAGAAGGAGAUGAGUGUACAAUCAGCUAUGUAGAUGCCAUGAAACCAGCUAAAGUGAGACAGGCUGAUCUGAAAGAGAGCUAUCAUUUCACCUGCAAGUGUGUGAAAUGCAUCGAAGAAAUCAAUGCAUUGGGGCCAGAUGAUGGUUUAGGUGAAGAGCUCAGAGGUCUGAAGAAAUCCUUGGAGCGAAUAAAGGAUGCAGAGAAGGCACAAGAUAUCCUUUUGUUGCAGCUGUGUGCACCCUACUUGAAGCCGAUGGACUACUCUAGCAAUAUUCCAGCCAAUCAUCAUCUCCUGUACCAGGUCAGAAAUGCGGCAUUUCUAGCAUGCAUCGACUCACAAGCAUGGCAGAAAGCUGUUGAGACUGGACAGCUGAACAUAGAGCCUAACAGAUAUCUCUAUAAAGGACCGUACAGUGCCUCUCUAGGGAUUUACCUCCUGAGAAUGACUAGAAUACUACUUGAGCUGGGGAGACUUGAAGAUGCUAAAAAAUAUCUCACAGAGACAAAGAGUGUUUUGGAGGUAACGCAUGGCCCAAAGCAUUCACUGAUGUUAGAAGUGCAAGAACUGUUCUUGUUCCUGGAAAUACUAAGACAUAAGGACAGAGCAACAGAGAGAAAGAUCGAAAUGAAACAACAAGAGACAUAAGUUUGAGAAGCUGGCAUACAAUCCAUCCGAAAUGUAGUCAUCGUAGUUUGUAAAUCUAGAAAUUUGAACACCCUGUUUCAUAAAACUUUUUGUUCAUCAACAUGUUACGAUCAUUGUGAUACUAAGCUUCUUAAAUACUUGCAUUUGAUUGACUGUGAGCAGAUUUACCAUACAUAUGUGGCAGUUGUUAUUGAUAACAAGUUUGGUAAAACAGGGCCCACUUCUAUUAAAGGAGGUGAUAUAUGGAACUCAUUACCUAGUACUUUGCAGAUUUCAACGUCUAUUUCUUUCAUUUAAACACCUUUAUAAACAAUUGCAUUUUCAUUAAUGUACUAAAUCACCAGUGACGCCAUAUGGAUGUAUAUGUGUUGUGUUUAUUUUCUACCCAUUUGAAUAAAAUUUACUUUUGUGUGCCCUAAGUAUAAUACUAGGGUGAUCACACUACCUGUACACACAGUCUGCCCCAUGCA